GUGAGGCCAUGAAGCAGGAACUUGGCCCUCAGAUCCGGAAGGCGCAGGAGGGUUUCAAGUCAGGAAGUCAAACGACCCAAAGAAAACGCUGUAUUCUCAGCGAUGCAGCUGACGCGGCGUGCUGGUCUGGAAGACCCCCUGCUCCCGCCUGCGCCUUCUGACCAGCAGCCCACUGCCGCUGCCACCGGACCGCUCGUCGAAGCCCACACGGGUCCCCACAGCGGGCGCACCACGGAACAACCGCGAAGGGGGCCGUCUCCUCGGGCUCCGGGGACUCACAGACCAGGGAGAAAGGGGCGCCCAGGACCCCCUGACAAGGCAGGCGCCCGCGCUCCUCGCCGCCCAGAUGGACCCGCACCGAGUUGCAGACCCGCCUGUGUGGGGCGAGCUGCCACCCAGCGACCCACCGGCACCAUCUGAGGGCAGAGGCGGAAACUCCGUGGCUCUCCCACGUCGGCCCCAAAGCACAGGCGACGUCCUGGUUGGUCACAGUGCAGAAUGUGCUGCAGGACACCCCUUUCCUGGUGACUCUCACACCAAGAGCAAACCCGAUUCUCUCACUGUCCACAUUCUCGGGGCACGAAUGCGGCGUGAAGCCCAACACACGACAUCCAACGCCCCAGCAACACGUGCAGCGCAGACACGUCGGGUCACGCGGACACAGACACGCCGCCUCCCCGUAGGCACUCCCGCAGGCACCGCUGCCACGGGCCGUCAGCUCCUGACACUUUACUUGUCCUCCCCAGAGGCGCGGGAACUCCAGUCUAGGGCAGACAGCACGGGCUCACUUCCGGGCCACCCGCGGCACGGCCGGGCUCCGCAGCGGACGCAGGCUCCUUCACACUCACCCUCGGCCUCACCUGCCAGGCCAGGCCCCCGCCCCAGAGCGGGGGACAGGCCCCAGGAGGGGCACGGAACGCAGAGCAGCCUCCCGGCAUGCCACAUGCCACCCACAUGGCCCGUCAUAUCCAAGGCGGCACCAAAUGGAGGCUACCCUACCCCAUUCCAUUAUAUGCCACCAAGGAAACACUGGCCAGACGCACGACAGCACUGCGGUCUCCUGUCCCUUAUACCCGUUCCAAAAGCUACACACGCAGCCUCACUAAGCCAGACUGUGAGUGCCCUAAAUAUACGCAAACAUCAAAACGUGCCCCAAACAGACACCCAGGACUACAGCACGCUACAUCUCAGUCCUCUGACUCACUGGUCAGCUCCAUCCCCCACGUCCCCGUUGUCACCCAUAGCACUCGAUUCGGGCGUGCGGGGCAGAAAGCUCUUGCCGCACGGGGAGAAGCCCAGCCGGAGGCCCGGCCCACAGCUCCCGCCGCACCUCGGCCAUGAGCCGGGAGCCCAGCGCCUGGUCACCCAGCACCAGCCGCGGAGAGCUCAAGGCAGCCAGUCAGAAACACAGACCCUGUGUGGAGAAGACAACAGUUUUAGAAAACUAAAAGCCAUCGUUCAUAUUCUCAGGGGUCUAAGAGAAGAAAACCAUCCCCAAGGACAGGAUGCUACGGGGAAGAAUUAUCAGAGGACAAGUAUUCUUUGAAGUCAAAACCAGGACAGGAGUGAAAAAUCCCACUGACGAAGGGGGAGAUGACACAGUCCUCCAUCAAGUAGAUCAAAACAUCAAAGGGAAAGAAAACAGAGAAAGAAAUCAAACAAAGGACCAGGCGUGAGGUCCAGUAUGCAGAGAGCAGGAGCCCCAAAGCAAGGACAAGAGAGACACAGAGCAGAGGAAAUCAAAGAGGAGGAUUCGGAUCGGGACCCUCGAUUACAGAUGUGAGCUUUCAGGUUAAAAGGGCCCACCGAGUCCCAGCACAGUGACGGAGACAGACCGCAGCCAAGCACGGGUGAGCGGCACGUACGCACGCAGGACCGAGGAAACCGGCACGAGUGCCCGAGCUCAGGAUCAGUAGGUGGGAAGCCAGCAGAGCUCCCGGCCCCGAGGAAGAGCGGCGCCAGCUCCGCCGGUGCUCUCGGUCACACUCGGGGAGGGCGAGGUGGAAGGCACGUGCAGACAGGGAAGGCCUCAGAGGCAGAACCUCCCCAGUGCCCUUUCCGAGCAGCUACCGGACCGAGGAUGACAGAAGACGUGAGAACAGGGGACGGCGCCUCCAGCGGGGUACAUAGUGGGGAUGAGGGGCGGAUCUGGGGCUCACCAGGGACCAUCGGGGCGCGCGGCAGCAGAAGCACAGCUCUGAGGCGGAACCAACAGGGCUCCGGGCCUGUCUGAGCACAAGGUGGGGGAUUCGCAGAUCAUCACAGGACUUUUGGAGCAAAGUCCUCUCUAAGUACUUGUUCCCAAGCAAGAAACAAACCGGCAAACACAAAGACGACCGGAGGGAAAGCCUGAGCGCGCACCGUGCGGAUCCGGGAUCAGCAACUCUCCCACAGCACACGGACACCACAGAGCCACCGAAGUGCGCGUCCCAACACUUCCCGGCUGCUCGAGGCCACGUUCGCACAAUUACCGGGCUCUGAACUCUGCGAGAACAGCUGAUGAAAAGGACUCCUCUCUGCUAACGGCAAUAGGACAUUCAGAGCACGUAGAUUAUCUUGAAAAGAAAAAGUAAAACUUUGAAGGAAAAGACAGAGCACUAAAGGAAACGUGGACGCCUGGGUUCUUAGGAGAGAACACUUGUCAUCGGCUGCGCUCCACGGCUCUUUCUACGCUGCUGACGUUCCGCAGUCUAGGAGGCGCUUAAGGGUUUGCACUCAUCUUCUGGUAUGUUCCCUCUCUGUCCUUCACUUUGAACGAGAAAUCUUUUUAUUAAAGUUUUUUUUUUUAACGGUUUCCAGUUUUUCAACAGUGAAUAUGGGAAAACAGGUAAAACGUGGAUAUUUCCCACGCAUGUCCGUACACGCGGACUUUGCGUUUGCAGCACUGGCUUCCUGCAUGCUGAGAUCUGACCCCUCAGGAGCCAGGAAGGAGCAGCUCCGACGCCAGUGAAAAUCCACUAACCCCGCGGAAGCGAGCCGGAAGCAUGGACGCCCGUGUGCGGUACCUGCCGGCAUACUAGAAGCAUCUCCCUUCCGCUACAAGAGAAGCCUCUCGUUUGUAUCCUAGAAACACUGAUCCAUAAAGAGUGGAACUAGAGAUAAACGGGACUGAGGAAGGUGGGCAGAGGCCACCAGGCCCCCCAGAGCCAGGGAGGCCGGCAGGCAAGGUUUCUCUGCGUCUCCCUCUGCAGCCAGCACGGCGGUCCCACCACAGCCCAGGAUGGCGUUUGAUGGCUCUGGUCCCAGAAGGGGAGCUGUUUAUUUCCACAUAGAAAAGACACCUUCCUUAAAGGACAAUUUAUGUAAUGUUCCUUUGUUAGGGUUCUGUGGACAAAAGGAAAGGCUUAAUCCUCAGGUAACUUUUUUUUUUUUAAAUUUUACUGAUUGAUAACAGACCAUAAACCACACCCACCUAAAGGGCAUAAAGUGCUAAGUCUAGGCCUGUGUCUGCGUCCAGGAAACCACCACUCCCAUCAAUGCCACAAGCGUGUCCCACACCCCCAGGAAGCCACUGUGUGCCUUCUGUCGCUGGACACAGUCUGCAUUUCCUAGUUUUCUGUAAAUGGGCCCACACCAUACAUCUUUUUUGGCAAAAGGUCUGUUUUUUUCACACAGAUUAUGUAAUCAUCUGAGUUUUCUCCAUACUGCUCGUGUAACACUAGCUCAGAGCUCUCCGCUCCGGGCCGUCCUUCCGCGGUAUUUCUGGAACCGACGCGCUGAUCCGUUCUCCUGAGGAUGGCCGCUCAGGGUGGUCCACAUUCAAGUGGUGUGAACGUUCACACACAAGUCUCUGUGUGACCCAGUGCGUUCCUCUCCUGUGCGUCAGUACCUGCUGGUGGAACUAAUGGGACAUACUUUAGGGAAACGUUUAGCUUUUUGUAAAACUCCCAGACAGCUUUGCAAAGAGGCCGCAGGCCAGAGCACAGGCGCUGGCCGCUGGAGAGGGGCCCAGCUUGACCAGGCGCGCCCCUGCCAGCAGCCCACCGGCCUGGGGUCCCCAGCUCAGCCAUCCCGCAGGCACGCAGCAGCGUCCCCCUGUGCGUCUCAUGGUCAUCCUCCUACUGACGAGUGGGGCCCAACAUCUGCUCGGGUGGGACGGCACCCUCUGAACACUCUCUGCUAAGGUGUCGUUCAAAUCUUCGGCUCAUUUUUUACCUGGUUGCUCUCUCAUUACCAAGUGGUGAGAGUUCUUCGCUUGGGAUGAAAACUGUCAAGCACGUAACGUGCAAAUACCUCCCAGGCUGCACCCUGCUCGGCCAUCUCCUGUGCCUUUAGACGAGCAAGUCUGACACUUGAUCAAAGCUCACAUGUUCAUGCUGCCUUUCGUGGGUCAUGCUCUCGCUACUGUAGCAAAGAGAUCUCUGCCUAGCCACAGUCUUGCGUGCUUUCUUCCAGAACUUUCGUCGUCUUAGGUUGUACAUUUCGCACAGUUUUGACUUAGUUUUCUACGCGAGGUGAGAGGUCUGGUCAAGGGUUCCGGAGCCAUUUGUUGAAAAGACCGUCCUUUCUUCCCUGGACCGCAUGCACGUCAGUCGGCCACUGACCUGCGGGUCUAACUCUGGACUAUCUCCGACCCGCUUACAGGUGCCCCAUGUUCACGGUGACCCGACACACCAGCGUCCCCGGAGUCUGACGGCGAGUCUCCAAGACAGACAAUGGGCAGCUUCCAACUUAAUCCUUCUUCUCAAAACUGUUUCGACUGCUCUCUUGUUCCUUCCAAUAUAUGAAGUCAAUGAACACAGAAAAAUGUCAUCAGCAUUUUCCCUGCCACGAGACAGCGACAUGAACCUAAAUGUCCCAGGACUGGAUAAUAUCAGGAUUUAUGAAAAAAAAGUCAAGAGAGAAAACCCCAACUGGGCUGAAGGCGGAAGUGACUCAUCUUUGGACAGGAGAGCAUGGAAAGCAGAUGAACGAUAUUCAGCCGUCUGCAAGGAACCCAGGCGUCUGGAACUCCACGGCUCCAGUCUGGGAGGCCUGGACGGGACGGCGGCCGGAGCAAGCCACACCAUGGGCCGGCGCCACCACCCCACCCGUGGGCAGUGUGUAUGGUUCGGGUGCCAGGCACCGAGGGGGGCUCUGCUCUUCUGCCUGCCGGGGACUUGUCCCCGUGGAGGCACAUGUGGUUACGUGGGCCCCGCAGUGCAUGCAGGGGCAACAGUGGCUAAUGUGGGGCGGGGCUCUGGGGCCUUUCAUCAGGCUUCAAAGAUGGUGAAGCCGCUUCUCGAUUCUGGAGCUCACGUUACAGACCAUGAUUUCAAGAACAAAAACAUGGGGGCGCCUGGGUGGCUCAGUGGGUUAAAGCCUCUGCCUUCAGCUCAGGUCAUGGUCCCAGGGUCCUGGGAUCG